AUGCUGUUCGACCCAGCUCGAGGGCGACUCUUGGCGACCCUCUUGCCUUUAUUUCUCUUUACGACUUCGGCAUUUGCGGACGAAAAUCCUUGCACGAUUCAUGAUGGUGGAAAAUAUUACGACCUAAACCCUCUCAAAGCGAACAAAGACUAUGACAUCAAGACGCCUUCAGGACAAACCAUAUCCUUGAAUAUCUGCCAGAGCGUCAAGACUGAUCUGUUCGGCCUCAAGAACGACAUAGACGCAGGAGACGUGGGGGGCUUCAUUCGCCGCGGACACGGCGACUUUGCCAUCGGAAAGACCAAUACUACCCUCUCUAUCUACGAUGGAAGGCCACGAAUCAUGAUGUCGAACGGUUCAAGAUGCAAACCCAAGGCUGGCGAACCGCCUGGGGAGGUUAGGGCCUCUACUGCUUUGGAAUUUAUCUGCGACAAAUCUGUAUUUGGACCUGGUGUACCUCGUCUUCUCGUCCAACUGCCUCCAGGUGAUGACGAUAUUGCCUGUGGAUUCGUUAUUGAGUGGAAAACUCAUUACGCUUGCGCGACUUCGGAAGGUGGAGGUGUCUGGGGAAUCUUUGCCACGCUGGCGGUAAUCUUCCUCGUCUUGCUAAUGACAUACACCGUCCUUGGAACACUAUAUAACCGCUUUGUUCUCGAUCUUCGGGGGUUCGACCAAAUACCGCAGUUUUCCAUCGAAAGCAUGAAGUACCACGGCCGAGAAGCAUUCGAAUGGUGUAAAGAUAUGGCCGGCAUCAUCAUCUUGAACCUUGGAAGCCGGAGUGGCGGAGGUGGCGCAUAUAGUGGAUUGCCCUCCAGCGAUCCUCGGGCGACCAACCCUGUCAGCCAUCAUACGCAAGCGUCUGGCCCAGCAGGCGGCGACGAUCGUGUGGAGGAAGGCGGGGGUUUCGGGAACGGAGAUGGCCUGGCCAACGCUGGCGGCUUCGUGCGCCCACAACCUGGUCGAAAUAGGGCAGCUCCAUUCCAACGAGCAGAAACCAACCCCAUCUCACAUCAAUCUCAAGUCAACGCUGCGCAGUCGUUGUCAUUCUCUGCGUCUACGCCACCCUCGGUUUCUCAGUCUUUAUCUCAGCAAACACCAGACAUAUCACAGAGUAGGAAAUUUGGCCCAGAGGCUCGAGGUUCAGCCAAGGGAGAACGCGACUUCAUGCUCGGAGACGACGAUGCAGAGGCAGAAGAAUUGGGAGAAGUCAAAGCUCCCCCUUCACCAGAACAGUUGGUCCCCACGACUCCGUCGCCUCCGCUGGCGCCACACGCGAGCAUUAACCCUAGUAAUGCUGUGCAAGAGUCGAUGUCGGCUGCUGCUGCCAGAGGACGUGACUUAAGCGGAGGAGAGAGCAUUCGUUUUACUUAG